CGCGGAGCCGGGCGGUGGGAAUGGAGCGAGCAGAUUGAGGCCGCCACUGCAGCGCCGCCGGCAUGAACUUGGCCGCGAGCUGAAGCAGCCCGCGGCGGGCGGGCGCGGGGGCACCGGCCGCUAGCCAGGGGGUGAUCUGCAACCGGGCCGGGCCGCUCAGCGAGUGCCCGAGGCCAGGCUGCCUGCGCCGGCGGCCGCCCGCCCCUCGGGCACUGCCCCCGCCGCCGCCAGGGAGCUCCGCAGCACGCCCUGUGUCUAGGUCGUUUGGGAAGCGCCUUGGAGAGUCAAGAAAAAAAAAUUACAGGUCAAACAAUGGAUGAAUGGAAAAGUCGGCUUGUAAUCAAGAGCAUGGUUCCCCAUUUCGGCACGGUGGGAAAUCGUCAGGAGCCCAGAAAGCUCCAGGAAUCGGGACCCGUUAAAAGGAGACAGGAAGGAGACGAUUUCCAGUUUCCAGGCAUGGCUGAUGGGGGUUACCCUAAUAAAAUCAAGAGGCCUUGCCUGGAAGACGUUACCCUUUCUAUGGGCCCGAGUGCCCACCCCAGCACGGCCUGUGUGGAGCUGCAGGUUCCUCCGCUAACGAUGAACCCCAGUGCCACAGCCAUGGCAGGAGCGGGCCAUUCGUUACCCCUUGAGACGAAUCCCAUGAACGGCAGCGUCAUGGGCUCGCCAUUCGUGGUGCCGCCGGCUGCAGAAGUGGGACUGAAAGGACCCCCUGGGCCCUACUAUGACAAAGCCAACAGCGUGCCGGCUGUGGACCAGGAACUUCAAGAACUCCUGGAGGAACUAACAAAAAUUCAAGAACCUUCUCCGAAUGACCUCGAUCUCGAGAAGAUCCUGGGCAGCAAGCCGGAAGAACCACUGGUCUUAGAACACCCGCAGGCGACCCUGGGUACCACUCCCAAGCCUCCAGUGCAGAUGCCCCACUUGGAGAGCCUCGGUACCAGCAAAGAGUUUGCUUCGAGUUGCAGCCAGCUCACGGGGGCGGGGCCGUCGCUUCAAGUCCCGCCCUCCCCGGCUGGGAUCAGCUAUGGGAUCCCCCCGCCAAGUAAGCAGGGGGCCUCGCCCAGCUCUUCGGUGGCGCAUGCCAAGAGCCAGGCCCCGGGGGUGCCCCCGGCCGCUUUGCCCCCAGUCCCAGUGCCGCAGUGGCAUCACGCCCACCAGCUGAAGGUGCUGGCGGCCAGCAAGCAGGGGUCCGCUAGUAGGCCACAGGCGCCCAGCCCCAGCUGGUCGGGCCUGCCACCUCCGGGCAUGUCCCCGUCUUACCGCCCGGUACCAUCUCCGCAACCGCCACCGCAGUUCAGCCCUCAGAGCCUCAUGGUGUCCUGCAUGGCGUCCAGCAACCUGCCGGGGAGCGCCUUCCAAGCCUCCCCCAAUGCCUUACUCGCCAGCCUGGCGUCGGGCGGUACCACUGCCCUGGGGCCCGCCAUGCUCUACACUCCUGAGAAGCUCCCCAGCCCUGCUCUCAGUCAGCAGCCGCAGUUCAACCCACAGAGCUCCAUCCUGGCCAACCUGGUGUCCUCCGGAGUCAAAAGUCCUCCCGGGCACCUGCUGUCCGCCCUGCCUGCCAGCAACGCGGGGCCCUCCCCCCCGUACCGGCCGGAGAAGCUCUCCAGCCCGGGCUUGCCGCAGCAGUCCUUCACUCCGCAGUGCUCCCUCAUCCGGAGCCUCACACCCUCUGGCCACCCGCUAACGCAGCCGCCGCCGCCGCCACCGCCGCCCCGGCAGUCAACGAGCACCAUCUUUAAGCCCUUGACCAACGACUCAUCCAAAACCCUGAGCGUGAUCAUGCAGCAGGGGCUGCCCAGUCCCGGCCCUGGAAUCCCGGAGCCCUUUACCUUCGGCAACACCAAGCCCCUGUCGCACUUCGUUUCCGAGCCGGGCCCCCAGAAGGUGCCCCCCGUGCCCGCCACCUCUAGGCAGACGUCCCUGCUCCACUACCUGCAGCAGGCACCGCCGGCCUCUUCCACCACCACCUUGUCCACCGCUACUGCCACUUUGCUGCCACCACUGCCACAGCCUGACCACUCAUCAUUCCUUCUGCACCAGAUGAUGCAGCAGCCCCAGCGCUUUCAGCGACUGGGGGCGCGGGACUCCAUGCCUUCUCUGCCCAGACAGCGAGAGAAGCAGAGAUCAGGUCUUACGGCAAUGACCCCUGAACAGCGGAGUGCAUAUAUUGCCCAACAAAUGAGUCAAUUUCAAGCCGUCCAAGAACAAGUCACCUCCAAGUGUAGCCAGACUAAGGCAAGAUCCCCAUGUAGUCAGCCCAUGAUACCACCCAGAGCGGGGCUCCUUCAGAACAAUCCGAAUCCAGCAAUGAUCCCACCCACCAGGCACCAGAGCCGCAAGGGCAUGGACAUGGCUUCGCUGACUCCGACUCCGGGCAAUCAACAAGGAAUUUUCAACCCUAACCCUCCAUUUCCCAUACCCUCUGGCUUGGGCCAGAACCCCCCAGGCAGUGCCCGUCUGCAGAUUGCCAAGGCCAUCCCCCCAGGAGCGCCCCUGCCUGGGUUCUGUCCCAGACCCCUGGGCAGCCAGCUUCCAAGUCCCCACCAGCUCAGACAGCCCUGUGUGCCAAGAAAUCCUACAGUGUUGAAAGAUGCCGCGUGGGUGGCAGCGGCAGCAGCUGGGACCACAGUGGUCUCCAGGGAGCACCCCCUUAGCCACAUAGACCUUAGCAUCCGGCCGCACUUGGAGAGCAACUCGAUCUUCACCAAGGCGCCCACCAGAGCUCCGGUGGGAUCCCCAACAUUUCCAUCACAGCAAGCAGUUGUGCCCCCCAAUCAAGUGGCCCCAGGAGGCAGGCCUGGCCAGAAGGUGAGCUUCGGCCUUCUGGGGAACCAGAGUCUCAGGCAGAACCCAGUGCAGGGUCCCGUGCUGGUGUCCAGUGCCACCAAGUCCCUCCAGCAGGGCAUGGCUGGCUUUGGUCCUGUGAGUCCCAUAGAGGGCAUCGAGCCGCCAAGCUAUGUGGCUGCUGCCAUCGCCACCAGCCAGUCCCUGGGCCCAUUCAGCAGAAUGGGCUCCCCCCCUGAGCUGCCACCUUACGACUUUCUGGCCCCGCCCCAGCCCCAACUCAACGGUGUGCUCUCAGCCCCUGACUACAGUGAGGUGGAUUUCAUUGAUGCUCUCCUGAAAGGCCCCAGAGGGAGCCCCGAGGAGGGCUGGGUGUGCAACCUGAGGCUCAUCGAUGACGUUUUGGAAGAGCACGCUUCCGCUGCUGCUACCGCUGCCGCCACCACUGCUGUCCCCCAGAGCGCAGGGGGGCUUUAAGCGCUCAUAGAAACACCCACACCCACACCACUUUAGGCAGUGGCGUGCAACGCCAUAGCAAAUUCACCACCUGCCCCCCAGCCACGCAGUUGUUUCCUCCCUACGAUGUGAGUGGCACCCGCCUGUGCUCAUCCCUCUCUCUACCUGUGACAAAGUGGAAAGCUGGUGAUUUUUCAAGCUACCUGUACAUAUUUGAAAAUUUUGUAAAUGGUUUUCCUAAACGUUAAUGACAGAAGUAUUUAUACUUCAUUUUGUGACUUUGUAAAUAAAGCGACGGCUUUUGUUUCAGUAGAGUUGUGUUUAUUAUGCAUUGUUUGUGUUUAUUACACACUGUUGCAAAUACGCAGGCUGUGUACGGAGCUCCAGCGCUCCCUUGUGAAGCCCCAGUGAAGCUUCCCUUAGAAGCCACGGGGUUGAGUCGCUUAUGGUUUUGAUGCAAUGAGAUAUGUGGAUGUGACCAAGAGGCAUUGUACAAACUGACGAAGGCCAAAUAGAAACCCCUUGGCCAUUUAUGGCCGAAUAGAAACCCCUUGGCCAUUUAUUGCAAUUUUCAGUAAAAAUGCUAUCGUCUUGUGUGAUUCUUAAAAUCUAUUGCAAACCUGUUAGUGUCCGCCUGGUGCGCAUAUUACAGGUGGCCCGCAGGGGAAAUUUUCCAGGAGGCUUGGAGUGCUUCGGAUUUGGGAGGGGUGUAGAGAGGGCCUGUGAGCUGAACACUGGCCAUGCUGUCCAUGCUGAGCAUCCAGGGUGUCCUCCCUCUAUCAUUGAGAGAAACCCCCAGGCUCCCACUUCCCCAGUGGCACCUUGCAGGGCGGAGGUGAGAUGUUCCUGGUUUAAAGCCCUUCAGUGUUUGUUUUCAUGUAAGGUCUGUGGUUGGGGGUGGGGGGUGGGGAGUCUGUAAACAUUAAUAGUUGACUUGGGGUUUGUCUUUGAUGGCUUUUAUCUGCAAUUAUCGUCAUGUAUAUUUAAGUGUCUGUUAUAGAAAACCCACACCCACUGUCCUGUAAACUUUUCCUCAGUGCCCAGACUUGUGUAAUCAGUUUUAAUUGCCACCUCCUCUUUCGCCUCUACAUUUGAAAUCUGGCAUCUGUUUCCAGCCAGUGCGUUUUUUCUUUGUACUGUAAUAAACAGCCAG